AUGUUAAUGAGCUCGCAAAGUUUGUAUUAACCGCACAAAAUUAUGCAUUGUAUGAGUUCGAUUGUUAAUUUGUCGUGCUAAAAUAAGGCUACUUGCUUUUUUAGCUUGGACCGAAACAUCGGGCAAGCUAGCAAAAAAGAAACGUUUUCUUUCAACAAAUGUUGCGUUAGUAAAACAAACGCGCAUCACGCACAAAAAACGCGAAAAUCGUAUCCCGCGCUUUCAUACUAAGGGGACCCCCUGCCAGUCAGCGUGGGGCGAUCAGCGGAGUGUUUACAACAGAACAGAGUAGCUGAAAUUGUGGCAUCACUAAACAAAGUGGAACAUAGCUAAUAUCUUGAAUUUGAUUUGCCAGAAGAUAGCACUGAUGGAAAACUUCUUAUCAAGAUCAGUUAAGCGACACAACGAGUGGUAUUUUGUUUAAAAAUUUUGGCGCGUACUUUCGUAUUGGUGAACUCUCUCGCGGGCAAAAAUGGCGUCAAAAACUCGAAACUCGAUUUCUUCAAGUACGCGGAGCCCUUCUCCAGAGAAGUCGCUGGGACUGGCGAAGACUUCGCUUUCAGCUUCGACAGAACAGUUAGUGGUGUCUUUAUCAGAGGAACAAGUUCUGGUUCAAAAGAGGACAUUUGGAAGAUGGGUGAAUCAUUUUCUUCAAAAACACAAGCCUCCAAUGCAUGUUGAUGACUUGAUUGAGGGUCUUCAAGAUGGCACAAAGUUACUGGCACUACUAGAAGUAUUGUCAGGAGAACGCUUGCCAAAAGAAAAAGGAAGCAAGAGACCUCAUCAUCUUGCAAAUGUUGGAUCUGCCUUGAAAUUUUUAACCACAAAAAAUGUCAAGCUUCUGAAUAUUCACAGGGAGUCUGUGGUAGAUGGAAAUCAAAUGCUGGUUCUUGGAUUGAUUUGGGCCAUUAUUCAUCACUAUCAGGUGGAGGGUUUCUAUGCAAACAAGAAAAAAUCCAGGACGAAGAAAUACCUUCUAGAGUGGUCUCAGAAAGCAGCCCAGAAAGCCACAGGAUCAAGUGAGGCUGUGAAAAACUUCAGCUCUAGUUGGAAAAAUGGUCAGGCUUUCUUACAUAUAAUCCAUGCAUUUAGGCCCGAUUUAGUGGAUCUCGGCGCCGUUCAGAGCCGUGAUGAUGUUUCCAAUCUACAGGAAGCGUUUGACUUAGCCGAGAAACAUCUCAGUGUACCCAAGCUUUUGGAGCCUGAAGAUGUUAAUGUGGAGAAGCCUGACGAGAAAUCGAUUAUAACGUAUUUGGCUACACUCUGCGACACUCUCGAGUCAGAGAAAACGAAGUCGCCAAAAAGACCCGUCUCACCGACCAAACCCGCACCAAAGAAAUCUAGCUCUCCGAGCCCCUCGGCUAAAGGAGCCGGGAGUAGAACUUUAAGCCCCGAACCCAGUUCUCCCGAAGAGCACACAAAACAAUUGAAGAGAAGCCCUUCUCCGGUGAGCACAAAAGCAAAAGAUUCAACUUCAGCUGCGGGUUCUCCGUCGAAGGGAGGAGAGGGUAAAGUGGUGCGUUCCUCACCCACCCCUCCCAAGAAGCAAACAGAACAGUCACGAAGAAGUUCAUCGCCAUUGAAGACAGAGAGAACGACCUCUCCCACUGGAAAAGGCAAAGCUCAAGUUAAAGUGAGUACUUCGAACUUAACCGGAGUUUCACAAGACAGUUUAAAGAGUGGAACCCCCAGUCCAAAAUCCUCAACCUCAGACGAGCCAAUGGACACGUCCCCAGAGAAAGAUACCAAUCUAGCGCCGCACAAACGGCGUGACACUCGAUCGGUAAGCCCCUCGCCUACUUCUGCCGCGCCGAAAAAGCCGAGGGUAAGCCUCACCCAUGGUAAAUUGUCGGCGUCUUCGGAUCAUUCUGACAGGUUGAAGAACAAGAGACAUUCGCUUGCAGUAGAAAGCAAAAAGUUGUCGGUCCCCGGUGAGCCAGGCCGUAAAAAGAGAGCAAGCGUGACUGGGACGCUUUCGACGUCACGCAAACUCAGCUCAACUGGACCGACGCCCAUGGACGUAGAAUCCUCGUCAAGUGAUUUGGAAGAAUCCGAGGACGAUGAAGAGGAGUUUGAGGCGGAAAAUGAAAAGAGAGACAUUGAACAGGAAUACAAGGAGCUUACUGAUUGGUUAAACGAUGUGGAGAAAAGAGCAUCUCUGAUGGAACAACAAUGGAGCGAGGAAGGUGAAGAGGAUGAACCUAAAAAGAAACGUAAAGCGAAACAGAUACAGAUUUUUCGGCAGCAAAUCCAACGUCGCGAAUACCAUAUUAGUCGGAUAAUCGAGACGAAAUAUCCCGAAUUUUCUCUUCCCGAAGACAAGCUAAAGGUUCUCGUAACGAAGUGGGAAAUAGUCAAACAGAAGGUGACCGUGUUGGAAGAGAAGAUCUGGGAAGUAGGGCGUCACGUGAGAAAGGAUGGCAAGCUUGGUAACCUGUUGUUAUGGUUACACGAAGCCGAGGCCCUUCUCAACUAUUACGAGACGGACGAGAGCUGGGUCUGUGAAGUUCCCGCCAAAUUUCUCUUGAGACAACACGAGACUUUCUUCAAGGACUUGGACGAGCACUGUAAAGGUCUGGACGCUAUUCUUCAAUCUGGUGCAGACGAAGAUGUCCUGGUGGACGCGUCGUUGCUAAAAGAAGUUGACAGUCGCAUCAAAGCAGUCCAAGAGAAGUCCGCUGACAGGCUGUUGAGGCUCGCUUAUGAGAACUCUAGGUCAAAAAUUUUAGGGUUGUUAGACGCUGGACGAAAGCAAUUGAAUAUUCAGCCAGUCAAGUACGCAUCGCAGGCUCAUGUAGAGAAAGCUCUCAAGGAAUACACGAUGUUUUUUGUCGACAAGGAGUUCCUGAAGAAAUGCAAAAAGUACCGGCGAAGUCUCCACGAAGCUUCUGAAGCUUACAUGAACAUUCUUCCGGAAUCUCGCACGACGGAAGUCAAAAGCCUUGUAUGGAACGUGGAUCAGCAGGUGGAUAAGAUGGUCGAUGAGGCCACUGCAAAAUACAGAUACCUCGAUGAUGUCAACAAGAAGUGGAAAACAUUUGAUACGCUGAUAGAAUCCGUGACAAAAUGGAUGGAAGAUGCAGAGGCGCUAAUCACGAAUGGAACCCUCAAGGCUUGUAAGGAUUACCUGAAAGAUUUAGAGAGAAUCCAAUCAGACGCCUCCACAGCUCAAGACUGCAGUAAAACAAUAAUAGCACACUGCCAAGACCGAGUGAAAAUCGACAUGAAUCAGCUUCUACGAGACAUGGAUCGGCGUCUGAACCGCAUCAUCCGGCGCAACUCGCGGAUCAUGAAAUGCGACAAGCGCAACUCCAAACUGGAGAAAUUCGAGGGCACAGUGGACGGUGUUAUGGACUGGAUUCACGACGCUGAACUUUUCGUUUCGUCUGCUGUGGAGGGGAUGUACGAAGCUGUGAAAGAACGCACCGACAGGCUUGAGGUGACACAAAGGGAGAUCGAAGAAUGCGAAUCUAACGUAAACUCGUUAAACAGACUCACCAAAGCCAUUCUCAAAGAUUUCAAAACGGACAUGGCCUCCUCCAUAAAUGCGACGCUAUCAAACAUUAAUCGGAGAUUUGAGAAGAUCAAAGCCUCGGUUCCUCACAGGUAUCUGACACUAAAGCAGAUCUUACCUCAGCUAGAACAGUUUGAAUCUGGCUUUGAAGACGAACUCAAGUGGUUGGAGGAAGCUCUGGUGGCGUUGGAAGCUUACAAGAAUGUGAACACUUUAGAAGAAGUUGAACGAGAGCUUGGAAGAUAUACGGUGAGUAGACACUCUAAACGCAAAGUGAAAUACCAUUAAGGCCUCGUCUACUCGUAUCCGGAUAUCUUUUGAUUCCGCAACUUUUUCUUUCCGGAUUCAAAAAUUUCUCCGUCCACACGUGGCAAAAAUUUCCGGAUUCGCUGCCGAAUUCGCCGGAUGCGUGUGGAUGGAAGCCGCGUCCGGAAAGAAAAAGUUGCGGAUUCAAAAAUAUCCGGAUACAUGUGGGCGGGGCCUAAGUCACGAAAGUAACUGAAAGUAGCGUCCCCUAAUUCAAAUGUCACGCGUUGCUAGUGAACCUCCGAAAGUAACGGACGCUUCGAAAGUUGCGACUUCAAAUGUAACAAUACUUGCAUUCUCCUACCUCCUACAUUCUCAAUUUAACAGUUCAUUACUAGGAUUCUCAUUGAAAAGGGAGUAGAGGGCUUGUUUCAUGAAGUAGACAGCUGACACCGCUUUGAGUGCGGAAGGCACAAGCCUCUAGGGAGGUCUGAGGGCAUGCUCCCUCAGAAACGUUUGAAAUUGAGAAGCUCUGAAAUGCGAUUUUGCGCAUUCUCUUGGAGAUAAUUAUUUCGUUUUCCAAAAUCAAUUUUUGAAAAGGUCAAAACACCAAGAAUAUUUAGGGAUUAGAAUGACUUUUUUCAAUUUUUAUUCUACAGCAGUAGCGUAAUUGAAAACUUACACCGUACACCAC